AUGAAAGCAUUCAGAAAAGUUUCGGUCCCUAACAAGCCCCGAGACUGUUCGCCAUCUUUCUCGUCCACCUCCUCCGCUUCGUCUGCGUCUGCUCAGCCGUAUUCACAAAAGCAGCAUGAAAGUCGAGUGCCCGGAAAGGUGGCAAAAGCGUAUCCGCCGCCAGAAGUAAAAACUUCGAAACCUCCCGAAAUAAUCAUCCGUGCCCUCAAACCAUACACUGCACAAACGACAUCGGAGCUCUCAGUUAGAACCGGCGACUUCCUGCAAGUCGUAGGCGAAGCAUGGUCACCUCAGGGAUCUGGCUGGUUCGAAGCCACCGAGUCCCUCACUGGAGCUCGCGGAUUGGUACCAAUUGAUAUUUUUCAAAUAUUCUCGUCUGGAGGUUAUCAGCCGAGUCCUCCUCCUCCAAAGUCGGUCAAGCCAUUGAAUCUCAAAGACAAGAAUGCCGCAUCAGCCGUCCCUUCAAACUCUGUUCCACGAGCCCAAAAACCCACCAAAGGCCCACAUCAAUCGCAUCCCGCUUUUCCAUCUCCACAACGCGCAAGAAAUUCAUCUCCCAACAAAACCGCGGCACCACGUCAGCCUUUGUAUGGCGUUGUGCGUUACGAUUUCCAUCCAGAACGGAACGAUGAGCUCUUGGCAAAGAAAGGAGAAGCCAUUGUUUUGAUUGCACACAGCCAUCACGACUGGUUUGUAGCUAAGCCGAUUGGCAGGCUUGGAGGACCUGGCCUAAUUCCAGUUACUUACGUCGAGGUUAAAGACUUGGCCACUGGGAAGGGCUUGAGAGCGGAUGCGGUCAAAAGAUUGAUAGAGAAUGACGUUCUGCCAGGUGUCGAUGAAUGGAUAAGAGCCACUGCAGCGUAUAAAGGCAAUAGCAUUCCACUUGGACGCUUUGAAAAUCCUACAGCAACCUCCACACUCUCUCAAAAUAUCUCGCCCACCCUUCGACGUGAGAUGACUAAAUCUCACCAGCAGUUGAGGUCAAAACCUGCGGAGGUCGACGAGCAAAUCCCCCGCCCCCCACGAACAGGGACUUCACAGGCUGCAAAACAACACACAAGGUUGAAUGCAUCUCAACUGGUCGACAUUCCGGUCCCAUCGUCCCAGUCGAUCGAAAACAGUACCACAUGCUCUGAGCCCAUCCGAUCACCACAGUCGGCGCAAAUGUCGAGAAGAGUUUCAAGCCAUGAUAACAGCAUGAACCACGCAAGCCAUGACCACAGCUUGAACCACACAAGCCACGAUCAUAGCAUGGACCACGAGAUGAAAGACGAAGCCGUCCAGCGUGGGCAAACUAGUUCGGCCAGUGGCGAAGACGGUUAUGCAACGGUGGAAGAUCUUCGGGAGCGGUAUGGACUCUUCACGCACGCAACUGUCGAAUCGUUUCACAGGGAAAAUAACGAGUACUGGUUCCAUCUGCGCUCGCAUUUCAACUGUUCAUCGACCACGACUUCGUCUGGAGAAGAGACAACUACUUUGGUACUAUAUCGUCUGUAUGAAGACUUUUUUGAUUUUCAUGCAGAACUGCUGGACCUAUUUCCUGAAGAAGCUGGUCGAGAGAACUAUGACCGACCAAGCAUAUUCCCGAGGCUGCCGGAGCCCAAGGAAACCGUCGACGAUCUACUUUGUGCCGAAAGAGUCAACACACUCAGCCACUACCUUCAGGAGCUUAGUAAACUUCCUUCCUACAUCCGAGAUAGCGAAAUCUUUUAUGAAUUUUUAGGCCCGAGGGAGGGGGAUGUCGAGCUACUGGAGGAGAUGACCUCGAGCCUUGGAUCAGAAGAUAGACCUUUGUCCGACGAAGUCCAACACCUCAAAUCACCAAAUCAUGCCUCCGCCGGCAGUCGUCACACAAAUGAGUCUGAAGCUGAGAAUCUAUCACAUCAGCCCCUCAAUCUCACCACCACCUCACCCAAAAGAUUAUCUCGUCAAAAGUUACGGCUCUCUAGUUCAGCCCACAAAAACGGCGUAGGGACACCUGAGCCCAAUCAAGCUCUGCUUCCUCUCACUCCUUCUUCGCUUACACCCAAGCCGCAUGGCAAAACGCAUACAUCCAACUUUUCCUCGUCUUCAACCGGCUCAUUCAUGGAUAGCAUGUCCACACCGCUCGCCACCAGCCACUUCCCAAGCAUAAACGAUGGAUCUCCUCCAGUACCAUUCUACCGGAUCAAAGUCUACCAAGAAAACAACUCUGAUGUGAUCGCAAUCAAAGCACGCCACGGCAUGUCGCGCGCACAACUGCUCGAAAAAGUCGUCGAAAGGGUCUGGGCCGCCGCCGCCUCCGGGUCUUCAGCAGAGCAGAAAGUUGGCAAGUUACACGUCAAAGAUGAAACACGAGAUGGGAAAGGUUGGAAGGAGCUGGCAAGUGACGAGCAGCUGAACCAGUGGCUCGUCGAAUUUCAUAGCCGCCUGGUGCUCCUGUACACCCCAGCAGACUGA